AUGGCGGACGAGCUGGACCGGCUGCUGGACGAGGUGGAGAGGCGGCUGUGCCAGCGGCGCGGCGGCGGCGGCGGCGAGGAGGAGCCCGCGGCGGCCAAGGAGGGCAGAUCAGCUAAAGUGUUAAUGAGGGCUGGCAGCAGUGAAGAAGAUCUAGACGACAUUAUUGAUGAAAUCUGUAAUGACAGCAGCUUUACCAAAACACAUCUGAAAUUGAAGUCUAAUUCUUCAAGUCUCACGCCUGAAAGAAAUAGUGUUGUUGUACAGGCAUAUGGGAAAAGAUGCUGUCCAGUGUAUCUGGGUGGAAGCCUUUCACCAUCUGGGAUAGGAACAAAUAUUUCAAAAAGAACAUGUGAUCAGCUACGUUGUACUGCUUGUGACUUCCGUGUGUCACUUUUCAAUGACUACGUCUGGGAUCAGUCCUGUGAUUAUCUUUUUUUCAGGAAUAACAUGCCUGAGUUCAGUAAACUAAGAGCAAAGAUGAUAAAGAAGAAAGGAGCACGUGCAUACGCUUGUCAGUGCAGCUGGAGAUCCAUUGAUGAAUUAACUGACCUCCAAACAGAGCCACAGCUUCGGUGGGUUUGUGGUAGACAUGGAGAAUGAAGUCUCCUCGUGUGGGAUACCUGCUUGUGUGGAAAUGGCUCUUUAAAACAAUUUGUUUCCUACCCAGUUUUCUGAGAACAGAUGGAAAAUUGAAUAGUUAGAUCUAGAAAUAGAUUAUAAUACCCAGAUUUCAACCUGAAUUUUUUUUUUUUUAAUUUAACGGUCUUGAAAGCAGUGUGGGGAGUUGAAUUACUAGGAGAAAUAACCAACUUGGAGGCUUUCUGGAAGCUAAAUGAGGUUAAAGUUUCAUACUCAGUAGUGUUAAAGAAAAGAAGAGGAAAUAACAGAUGCGGGCAUGGGAAAAGCACCUUGAGACUGUUCCUCACAUGCAGCAGAGAGCCUCAUUUCCCAUGUCUGCAGAAUCUUGGACUCAAAAUAGUGGUUUGGGAAACAACCAUGAAACACAAGCAUACGAAUUUCUGCACAGACGUGAAUCCUGCUCUUAUGUUUUGCUCAUAGUUGUUAAUGAGCAAGUGGUUCUUUAUCUCUUAAAAAAUUACUUUGCAAUCAACUCUUAUCUUGAAGGUUGCAGCACACCCCAAAACUUUACUUCCUUUUACCCACCAAUAGCCAAAACUGCAGGUGCUGAAAAUUCUCUUCCAGUUCCUACUGCUUUCUUCAGAGUACUUUCUGCUGACUAAGGACUUCUACCACAAUGAAUUUCUUGAACUUCUCUUCAGCCUUCACCACACAAGAGAUGAACAAGUUAAUGUGCAAUUAUUAAAUACGUAAUUUUAAAGAGAUUCGGAAGUAUUUUCAAGAGAGAAAGGCUCAGGUUUUUAAGAGUGAGAAAACAUAUAUCCCCACUGGUGUUGAAAUUCAGAUUCUUUUUUCAGUUUCACUUAGCUUUCACUUCAGCUUCUCUUUAAAAAUUUUUAUAUUCAAAAAGUGUAACUGUCCUGUUUCAACACACUCUCUUCCCUCAGUAACAUUGUUACUUGGUGAAUUGUCUUGCUUACAAACU